AGUGCGAUGUCUUGGUUCCAAAAUGUAAAUGGAGCCCAAGCGGAGCAGAUGUUGAAGACCCCUAAUAUCCCUCCUGGAACUUAUAUAGUUAGACCAAGUACUGAUUCGUCUGGAAUGUAUGCGCUCUCUGUUAAGGAGAGCAGAGAAAAUGUUUGUCAUAUCAAAAUAGUAUAUGAAGAUGACCAAUUCUUGCUCUACGGAAGACCAGAGCAAUUCGCUACUAUCAAUGAGCUUAUUAACUAUUAUGUUGAAAACCCCACGAUGUUGAAAUUGAAAGAGAGCGGUGAUCAUUCAGGUGGUUUUCUGCAGUUAACUGAACCGUAUGCCAAUGGCGCAGACGAUAUCAGAAAGGAAAAGUGGUUUCAUGGACAAAUUGAUGGCUAUGCUGCACAACAACUGCUUCAAGACUAUGGAAAAAGUGGAUCUUUUCUUGUACGCGAAAGUCAUUCAACUCCAGGAGCAUUUGUUCUUGUUGUGAAAUCUGCCGAAGAUGAGGUUAGAAACAUCAAGAUUAACAAAUCGAACAACCAGUUUGAUAUUGGUUGUGGGGACAAAUUUUCUACAGUAUCAGAUUUAGUGGCUCAUUAUUUGCAGAAACCGAUUAUUAUCAAACCGGGAAGUGGCGAUAUGAUGAAUCAUACGGGCCCAGUUUUGCUGCAAAAUGGGUUGCCAUCAACUCGUGUUCACGCGAAAAACUUCGUAAAGAAAUUUUCAGACUUUUCAACAUGCCAAGAGUUUUUGCAAAUCGAAUUUGAAAAUCUUCAAUCGCGGAAGCCGCCCAGAAAACCAUACAAUUUUCAGAAGGCAUCCAAACCAGAAAAUCGAGCUAAAAACCGUUCUCCCCAAAUAGUUCCUUUUGAUAAAAAUAGAGUAAUUCUUCCGGACGGUGUCGGGGACUCGGAUUAUAUAAAUGCAAGUAAUGUAACGCUCGAGUUUGAACAAGGUUUUAAGAAGAAAUACAUAUUGACGCAAACGCCACUGAAAGAUACAGUUGACGAUUUCUGGAGAAUGAUUUGGUACUCAAAUGUGAAGGUUAUUGUCAUGUUAACAGAACGACAGAAAAGGCUGCCGAUGGUCGAUUAUUGGGAGACUCUAAGUAAAGACAGUCAGUUUGUAAUUAAGUGGCAAAAAGCCACGCCCUAUUUUCACCCUGAAGAAAUACCAUCUCAACACAAGCAGUCCGAAAACGAGAAAAACUCACAUUGGAUUUCUACGGUAUUGGAAAUAACGAAGCGAAAUUCAAGCCACAGUGAAACCAGAAAAAUUCACCAUUACAAGUUCAUUAGUUGGGACACCUAUCCACCAAGUCCGGCCAUAUUUGUGGAGUUCAUCGAGAAGAUUCGAACGAAAAAUCCAAGUAUAAAUUUGGUGGACAGCAAUAAACAGAAGCCGGAGUCUACACAUGAGAGUUUUCAACGGGACCGCAGUCCUAUAGUUGUGCACGACUUGAUGGGGAUUGGUCGUGCAGGUGUUUUUAUUGCAGUGGACAGUCUUGUUUCCUAUACCCAGUUCACGUCUAUGAGAUGCAACAUAGAUAUUGCGAAACUAGUUUUGGAUCUGCGGCAGCAGCGCGAAAACACAGUGCAACUGUCGGGCCAGUACGAAUUCAUAUACAGGUGUGUGCAUUGCCAUUUGAAGCGACUAGAACUCAUUUUGGAGACCAGGAGGAUGUCACGUGCCAAAGGACACGACUACACGAAUGUAGGAACGACAGUGAGUCCAGCAGUUUCAAUGAGCACAGUUAAUUCUCAAUUGACCCCAAACUUGACCCCCGUUGGAGGACACCAGCCAAUGCACCUCUGCAAUGUGUAGCCAGCACGGUUCUAGAAGUACAUUAGCAACUCUUUAGUCUUUCUUUUUUUUUAUUUAAUAUAUUUUGUAGCUCCAAUCAAAACUGCUCUCAAUUGAACUGACUGAAUAUCUAGACAGUAAUGAAGGCUUAUCAUGGACUCGGGAUUUGGUCACUGUUUACAGUCCUCGUUUUUAGUAUCACACUUUUAGGGUCUUUUCUAACGAAUUGCUGGUUUUGCGUAAUUUUCGACGUCAGCAAAAAAUGUGGUAUCGAAAUAACAUUUCUCUUCUGAAUCGAGAUCUUAAAAGAAUAGAAAUAAAUUAAGAUAAAAACAGUCUCCGCGCAAAACUCGCAAUUUUAUUCGAAAAGGUCUUUUCACUUUUCUAUGUAGCAAAAUUUGAAUGCUUUCACUAACUUGUUUUCAAUACGUUGUAAGGCAUCUGAAACAGAGUAGCCCUUAGACUGAUGAGCACCGAUGUAUGGUCUCGUUAGUGAUACAUUACUCGGUAUUUGCGGCGUCGUAUUAGGUCUAAAAAUAAAAAGGCUUCAAAUUUUCGUGGCAAAUGAACGUUUUUGAUGGUUUGCAAUUGGCAGGGUGGGACUUCUUGUAUAAAAUUAGACAAGCCGGCUAAAUUCCUAACAGUCAAUGAAUGUAGUGAAAACUCUUAUA